UCGCCCUUUAUCAGUGUCCUCAGUGAGACUUGAGCUGCUGAGACGACGGAAGUCCCAAGAGCCUUCAAGGUCAUUCCAGACGCCCCCUCACUGACCCUCCAAGAGCCUGUUGCCCCUUCUCUGCCUUUGCAACUCUUGGCUGGAGUCUCAGCAUGGCAGACGAAAGCAGCGAUGCGGCCGGGGACUCGCGCCCCGCGCCUGCUCCCGUCCGCCGCCGCUCCUCCGCCAACUACCGCGCCUAUGCAACCGAGCCGCAUGCCAAGAAAAAGUCUAAGAUCUCCGCCUCGAGAAAACUGCAGCUGAAGACCCUGAUGCUGCAGAUAGCGAAGCAGGAGCUGGAGCGCGAGGCGGAGGAGCGGCGUGGAGAGAAGGGACGCGCUCUGAGCACGCGGUGCCAGCCUCUGGAGUUAUCCGGGCUGGGCUUCGAGGAGCUGCAGGACUUGUGCCGACAGCUCCAUGCCCGCGUGGACAAGGUGGAUGAGGAGAGAUAUGAUGUGGAGGCAAAAGUCACCAAGAACAUCACGGAGAUUGCAGAUCUGACCCAGAAGAUCUUUGACCUUCGGGGCAAGUUCAAGCGGCCCACCCUGCGGAGAGUGCGGAUUUCUGCGGAUGCCAUGAUGCAGGCGCUGCUGGGAACGAGGGCUAAGGAAUCCUUAGACCUGCGGGCCCACCUCAAGCAGGUGAAGAAGGAGGACACAGAGAAGGAAAACCGGGAGGUGGGAGACUGGCGCAAGAACAUCGACGCGCUGAGUGGAAUGGAAGGCCGCAAGAAAAAGUUUGAGGGCUGAGCCGGCUUUCCCACCGCCAGGGCCCUGAGGAUGACCCUGAGAAAUAAAGCUUCUCUCUCAGCUGGGA